AUGGUUUCUCGAAAGAGUACGAUCAGAGAUCGAGCAGUGAAAAAUCUUGAGCACAUCAAGAAGUGCGGAACGACGGCUGAAUCCUAUCCGACAAAAACUUUCCCAAAUCACUACACAAUUGCCACUGGAGUUUAUCCGGGACAUCACGGAUUAGUCGAUAACACUAUGUCUAUGAGUCCAGCGAUCUCAGACAAGGUUCUUGACGGUAAACACAAUCAGCGACCAAGGCUGUUUCAACUAGAUCCGCCGGAUUAUCUGGGUGCGUUCAAUUUCAACAUCACUGACCCACUGAAAUUUGAUGAGGUAAAAUCGUGCGCGAGGAAAUAUUCGAAAGCUAACUUUGAAAUCUGGGUCGCUGAAUGGCUAUCAAAGCCCGAAGACGAAGACGACCCGACACUCACUAUGGUCUACAUUGCCAGCGAGCCGGACGAUGGCCUCACAUUGGGCGAGGAUGAA